AGUUGCUCACGAGGAGAUCGCCGGUGAGGUAUCUCGCUAACCACAGAUACGAUUUAUCUCAGAGCAAUGGAAAGGCCUGAAAAUAACGACAGUCAGCUCAUUUUGGUGCAACAGAAUUUACGAACACUGCCCCAGGAAUUAGUUAAGAAGCAUGCUGAUCAUGUAGAGCAACUGGAUCUAAGUCACAAUUGUCUAAAGGAUCUGUCUUGGUUGGCGGACUUCGAGCAGCUGCGUCAUUUGGUGCUGGACAGCAAUCGCAUGCAUGAGGCUCAUUUGAGGACACUGACUUGCCCGCUGCCACAAUUGGAAGUACUGAUGCUCAACAAAAAUGAGUUCAGUGACCUGCCGACGACAAUGCGACUGAUCAGAAAGUUCUUUCCCAAUCUGCAGUAUUUGAGCCUCCAUGGCAAUCCGAUCUGCCCGGAUGGCUUGGAACUGCAGCCGUUCUCCACAUACCUGCGCUACGACUACGAGUACUAUAGCAACUACAUUGCACAGUCGCUGAGUAAACUGAAAUUUCUGGAUCAUGGACUGGUUCAACGCACCUACAAAUACGAAAGUUUCCCCAUAAAAAAUUACAAUGGCAAACAGCUUAUCCAGACGACAAGUGUCUGA